AUGUCAUUGACCGAAUCCGCAGCAGUUGAUGUCGCUCAUAGCGCAUCACGCGCCUCUCGUCGCCUCGCAACCUUAAGCAAUGAUGAACGCAAUAAAGCUUUGACGUUGCUCCAUGAUGCAUUGGAAAUGAACCGAAAAGAUAUCCUUGAAGCCAAUGCUAGGGAUGUGGAACUUGCCACUAUUGCGGCCGAGAGUGGGAAUUUGAGUCGCAGCGUGCUCAAGAGACUUGACCUGUCGCGGCCUGGAAAAUACAAAGACAUGCUUGAUGGAAUCCUGAGUGUGCGAGAUUUAGAAGACCCUAUUGGGAAAGUGACACUACGAACCCUCCUUGACGAUGGUCUGACACUCGAGAGAGUCAGCUGCCCUAUCGGUGUGCUACUGAUUAUCUUUGAGGCCCGCCCAGAGGUAAUAGCAAACAUCGCUGCGUUGGCUAUCAAGUCAGGUAACGCUGCUAUUCUGAAAGGUGGGAAGGAAUCCAUGGAGUCCUUUGCGGCAAUCGCGAACGUUGUCUCUAAAGCUAUCGCCGAGUCUCGCGUGCCAGUAUCAUCCAUCCAGCUGGUCAAGACACGCGAUGUGGUGUCUUCUCUCUUAGCCCAGGACCGGUUGAUUGACCUAGUCAUUCCUCGGGGUUCCAACGAACUUGUCCGUUUCGUGAAAGAUAAUACGAAAAUCCCUGUACUUGGACAUGCCGAUGGUCUUUGUUCUGCUUACAUACACGCCGAUGCUGAUAUCGACACCGCUGUGAAAGUGAUUGUGGAUUCAAAAACGAACUAUCCAGCGGCAUGCAACUCAUUGGAGUGCUUGCUUGUCCAUGGGGAUACCCUUGAAUUUGUCUUCCCGGCGGUAGCUUCUGCUCUCCUAGAGAAAGGCGUGACUCUCCGUUGUGAUCCUGAUUCAAAGUCUGCUUUGACAAAGAGAUUGCCAGCUGAGAAAUCAGCGCAAGUACAAACUGCCACCGAAUCCGACUAUAACACCGAGUUUUUGGACCUUGUAUUGGCAGUGCGAACAAUUCCCUCGACCGACCCUUCGACCACGGCCGUGGAGGCUGCCAUUACCCAUAUAAACAUGCAUUCCUCCAAGCAUACUGAGAUCAUUUUGACUCAGUCAAAAGAGGUGGCGGACAUGUUCAUGGGCGGAAUUGACAGUGCUGGUGUUUUCUGGAAUGCAUCUACUAGGUUUGCCGAUGGCAUGCGGUUCGGAUUUGGUACGGAAGUUGGCAUCAGCACCAACAAGAUUCAUUCCCGAGGACCGGUCGGACUUGAGGGCCUGACCAUCUACAAGUACUUGAUCCGGGGAAAUGGUCACGGGGCAGCGGACUAUGAUGGUGAAGGAGGGAAGAAAUAUCUCCAUACUAAACUGCCCAUAGACCAGUAA